AUUCCUCUGACGUUGUACUUAGUUGGGAGGGAGGAAGAAGGAGAGGGAGCUAAACUGGCUGUGAGGUAUGUGUAUAUAUGAGUGUUAGAGAGAGAGAGAGAGAGAGAGAGAGAGAGAGAGAGAGAGAGAGAGAGAGUGAGUACACAAGAGAGCUGGUUUGACCAGAAACAGAACUGCCCGUGACAGAUUAAGAGACAAGCGAGGCUUGGAAUCUGAGUCCAGGCAAAGGAGAGUGGAAAUUUACAGCUGCUCCGUGAGUGUUCAAGUGAUCAUUUUCUGCUAACAUUUUCCAUUGGUAACAGUUGAUCUUCAAAAAGAAAAAGUCAAGACUGAAUUGUGGAACUGCUUUUCUAUGCCACGUGUCAGCAAUAAAAGACAACAUCUAUUAAAUGGAAGAUAAAGACUACUCCAUCUAAGGGACUUUGGGACUGGGAGAGAGAGCUGUCUUCAGCACCUCACCAUGUGGCUGUUAGUCUUUGCUUAAGCCCGGAUGUUCCUCUGAGGCUGGCAUUCCGUAGAUAAUUAGAAGAAGAACCGUGAGUGAAUGAAAAAAAUGCCUCUGUUUAGUAAAUCACACAAAAAUCCAGCAGAAAUUGUGAAAACUCUAAAAGACAACCUGGCUAUAUUGGAAAAGCAAGAAAAAAAGACAGACAAGGCUUCAGAAGAAGUAUCUAAGUCACUGCAAGCAAUGAAGGAAAUUCUCUGUGGUACAAAUGAUAAGGAACCACCCACAGAAGCUGUGGCUCAGUUAGCCCAAGAACUAUAUACUAGCGGACUGCUUGUAACCCUGAUAGCCGACCUACAGCUGAUAGACUUUGAGGGGAAAAAAGAUGUAACCCAGAUAUUUAACAACAUAUUGAGAAGACAGAUAGGUACUCGAAGUCCUACAGUGGAAUACAUUAGUGCACAUCCUCAUAUCUUAUUUAUGCUUCUUAAAGGGUAUGAAGCACCACAGGUUGCCUUACGUUGUGGAAUUAUGCUGAGAGAAUGUAUCCGAUAUGAGCCACUUGCCAAAAUCGUCCUGUUUUCCAGUCAAUUCAGAGAAUUUUUCAAGUAUGUGGAAUUGUCCACGUUUGACAUCGCCUCAGAUGCCUUUGCUACGUUUAAGGACUUAUUAACAAGACACAAAGUGUUGGUGGCAGAAUUCUUAGAACAAAAUUAUGACACUAUUUUUGAAGACUAUGAAAAGUUGCUUCUGUCUGAGAAUUAUGUGACUAAGAGACAAUCUUUAAAGCUGCUAGGUGAACUGAUUCUAGACCGACACAACUUUGCUAUUAUGACAAAGUACAUCAGCAAGCCAGAGAAUCUGAAGUUAAUGAUGAAUCUUCUCCGAGAUAAAAGUCCAAAUAUUCAGUUUGAGGCAUUUCACGUUUUUAAGGUAUUUGUGGCUAGCCCUCACAAAACCCAGCCAAUUGUGGAGAUUCUCCUAAAAAAUCAACCAAAGCUAAUUGAGUUUCUGAGCACCUUCCAGAAAGAAAGAACGGAUGAUGAACAAUUCACCGAUGAGAAGAAUUAUUUGAUUAAACAAAUCCGAGACUUGAAAAAAACAACCCCUUGAAGGUUUUACCUAAUUUUCUGCCAUAGGCAUUAAUCCUGUUUGUUCAGUUUAUGUGUCAUUUAAAAAAAAAUAGUGCUUGGGAAGGCAUGCACAGGUGCCUAUUUUAAUUCAUUGUUCAGAUAAAUGGAAUAUAAAACUUUUAAAAUGGGAAAGUUUAAAAAACUAGAAUAAUAUAUUAUUUUUAAUCAAGUCUAUGAUUAUGUCAAAUUAGCAAACCUCUGCAUUAGAAACUGACCGGUUUUUAUCCACGUAUUUGCAUCGACUUGUUCUUGCCUUUCCUACCAACAGCCUUGAGCUGUCGUUUACUGUCACUGCACCAAGUAGAAGCUCGGAUGAUUGCCGUCAUCUUUUUCUUUGUCCUGACUGAUUGAGUGCUGUGCAUGCACGGACACCGUGAAAGAGCCUAAGCUCUUUGGCCGUGUGUGCUUAGGUCAAAAGAAUUUCUCGUCAGUAGAGGGCAGAUUCAAAAAGAUGAUCACCUUAAGUAUUUUUGUUAUUCAUGCAUUGUUUCUUUCCUGAUGUCCUUUGGUUGAUUCUAAAUAAGUAGUUCCUAACCUUUUGGGGAAAUUAAUAUUCUUUUGCCUUAGUGGAGACUUGAGCUUUGUUCAGGACUAUCUUUUAACCUCCAGCGCAAGGUUGAGCUGCUCCUGACUCUAGUCUAAUGAUUGCCAGAGCAACCCAACCUCUACUGGGGAGUCUAAUGGGACCAACCACAGAGAAAGGUGGGCUUCCACGUGGGCCAGAGGAACCGCCAGGGUAGCCUGAAAUCUAAGUCAUCAUGUCCUGGCUGGUACAUCAAGCAGAUGCUCGAGACCAAUGAAUCUAGAGUCAAAAGAGGUAUCAGUGCUGCUCUGUCCCAUUGCCUUAUGCUGGGGACACGUUUUUUUGUAUGUCAUGUUUUGUGGCUGCUCUUCUCAUGGGCCUCAGAAGUAGGACUCAUUGCCCGGUGACGCCAGAUGCAAAGGCUUGGGUCCAGAGGUUGAACAGGUGUUUUGGUCACUCAUUUUCAUAGGGAAAUGUAGAGGUAGAAAUGGGGAAAAUAAAAGAUACGAAAAGAUAUCUGGCGGGUGGCUAUAGGCAUCUUUCCCUAGUACAACAGAAAGCUGUUACUCUACAAACUCUACAGCAAAUUCUUUAGCAAAAGGCUAGAAAACCUGUGAGAUUCUGUGGUCCAAUACACUGUUGCAUAUUAGGGUUAUUAAGGAUUUAAUUUAUGCUCUUUAGAAAAGGCAUGGACCCUAACAGGUCAUGGUUUAUUUUCAGAUGUCAGUUGUAUAAAAAUGAUGUAUAUCUUAGCUCUCUUGAAUUUUAAAGCUCUAUUUACAAGCUAUUAAAGGCAUGGUUACUACUCUG